UAUUGACGUCAUGCCGGGGGUCCUCCAUGAACGGAUGUCUCCACGUGAGAGUAUCAACAGCAUGAUGGCUGGCAUGUAAAUUCAUCCCUCAGCUUGGUGGUGAUUUUCUGGAGAUUCAACAACAAACAGUGUGUGUUUCAGAAGCAGAAAGACGAUGGCAACAGUACGCAAGAAGGUGGACAACCGUAUUCGGGUCCAGAUAGAGAAUGGGGUCGCUCUGCAGCACCGGACCUUGUUUGUGGUGGUCGGAGAUCGUGGGAGAGAUCAGGUUGUCAUUCUGCAUCAUAUGCUGUCUAAAGCUGCAGUCAGAGCACGACCUUCUGUACUCUGGUGUUACAAGAAAGAUUUAGGAUUCAGCAGCAACCGAAAGAAGCGCAUGAGACAGCUGCAGAAGAAGAUCAAAACUGGCACCCUGAAUCUGAACCAAGACGACCCAUUUGAGCUCUUCAUCGCUGCAACCAACAUCCGCUACUGCUACUACAACGAGACACACAAGAUCCUGGGAAACACAUUCGGCAUGUGCGUCUUGCAGGACUUUGAAGCUCUCACUCCUAAUCUCUUAGCAAGAACAGUUGAGACUGUAGAAGGAGGAGGUAUCGUGGUGUUACUGCUGAGGACGAUGAACUCUCUGAAGCAGUUGUACACAAUGACCAUGGACGUUCACUCUCGAUACAGGACUGAGGCUCAUCAAGAUGUUGUGGGAAGAUUUAAUGAGAGAUUCAUUCUGUCUCUUGCAUCCUGCAAAAACUGUGUUGUCAUUGACGAUCAGCUCAACAUCCUGCCAAUCUCCAGCCACAUGGCAAAUAUUAAGCCUGUUCCUCCAAAGACUCAGGAGGACGGAUUGUCUCCCAGAGAACAGGAGCUAAAAGAUCUGAAAGAGUCCCUUCAGGACACCCAACCUGUGGGUGUGUUAGUGGACUCCUGUAGGACCAUGGACCAGGCUAAAGGAGUGCUGAAGUUCAUUGAGGCGAUCUCAGAAAAGACUCUGAGGAGCACUGUGGCUCUGACUGCUGCCCGUGGAAGGGGAAAGUCUGCAGCUCUGGGACUGGCUGUGGCUGGAGCUGUGGCUUUUGGUUACUCCAACAUCUUCGUCACCUCUCCGAGCCCUGACAACCUGCACACCAUGUUUGAGUUCAUAUUCAAAGGCUUCGAUUCUCUGCAGUAUCAGGAGCAUCUUGACUAUGAAAUCAUCCAGUCUUUGAAUCCAGAGUUCAACAAAGCCGUGGUGCGGGUGAACAUCUUCAAAGAGCACCGGCAGACCAUCCAGUACAUCCACCCGGCUGAUGCAGUGAAGCUGGGUCAGGCUGAGCUGCUGGUCAUUGAUGAGGCUGCAGCCAUCCCUCUGCCUCUGGUGAAGAACCUGCUGGGACCAUAUUUGGUCUUCAUGGCCUCCACCAUCAACGGGUAUGAAGGCACUGGGCGCUCCCUCUCUCUCAAGCUCAUCCAGCAGUUGAGGCAGCAGAGUGCGGACAGCCAGCAGAGCAUGUCGGCAGAGAACAGGUCCUCAAACACAACACGGCUAGCAGCAGCUCGCUCUCUCCACGAGGUCACUCUCCACGAGUCCAUCCGAUACGCUCCAGGAGACGCUGUCGAAAAAUGGCUGAAUGAUCUUCUCUGUCUCGACUGUCUGAACAUCCCCAGGCUGAUUUCUGGCUGCCCACUCCCACAGACGUGUGACCUAUAUUAUGUGAACAGAGACACGCUGUUCUGCUAUCACAAAGCAUCUGAAGCUUUCCUGCAGAGGCUGAUGGCCCUUUACGUGGCGUCGCAUUACAAGAAUUCACCAAACGACCUGCAGAUGUUGUCAGACGCCCCGGCCCAUCACCUCUUCUGCUUGCUCCCUCCUGUGCCUCCCACACAGAACUCUCUGCCUGAGGUGCUUGCUGUGGUGCAGGUGUGUCUGGAGGGAGAAAUCUCUCGUCAGUCCAUCCUCAACAGCCUCUCCAGAGGAAAGAAGGCCUCUGGGGACCUCAUCCCCUGGACCGUUUCAGAACAGUUCCAAGACCCGGAGUUUGGAAGCCUCUCUGGAGGCAGAGUGGUGCGGAUCGCUGUCAACCCAGACUACCAGGGGAUGGGCUACGGCUCCAGAGCUCUGCAGCUGCUGCAGAUGUACUAUGAGGGCAAGUUUCCCACCAUGGAUGAGAGCGCACGCUCGAACAACAGUGAGAUCACACCGGUCAGCAAUGAGGCUGUUAGUCUACUGGAGGAGAUGGUCACUCCUCGUAAAGAGCUCCCUCCUCUGCUGCUGAAGCUGAGUGAGAGGAGAGCAGAGAGGCUCGACUAUCUGGGAGUUUCUUACGGUUUGACUGCAAAGCUGCUCAAGUUCUGGAAGAAAGCAGGUUAUACUCCAGUGUACCUGAGACAAACUCCUAAUGACCUGACAGGAGAGCACUCAUGUGUGAUGCUGAAGGAGUUGAAUACAGAUGAAACACCGGAGCAGAGCCGGUGGCUGUCUGCUUUCUGGAAAGAUUUCCGUCGGCGCUUCCUGUCUCUCCUCUCCUACCAGUUCAGCAACUUCCAUCCGAGCAUGUCACUCAGCAUCCUGCAGAAUAAGAAGUCCAAGGAGGAAACCAGCACUCUCACUAGCUCUGAGCUAGCAGCCCACUUCAGCCCCUACGACCUGAAACGUCUGGAGCUGUACUCCAGGAGCAUGGUUGACUAUCACCUCAUCAUGGACCUAGUCCCAACUGUGGCACGCAUGUUCUUCCUCAAACAGCUUGGUGACCUCUCUCUGUCAGUGGCACAGUGUGCGUUACUGCUGGGUGUCGGGUUGCAGCACAAAUCUGUGGACCAGCUAGAAAAGGAAAUUGAGCUCCCGAGCUCGCAGCUCAUGGGUCUCUUCAACCGCUUGAUCCGUAAAUUUGUACAAGUCUUUACCAGCAUCCAGGAAAAAGCUAUUGAGGCAGAGAUGGCUGACACCAAAGACGUGUCCAUGGAGCCAACGUUCAAAAGCCUUACUGAUGAUCUGAAUGAAGCUGCUAAGGAGUUUGAAGAGAAACACAAGCAGGAUGUAGAGAAAGUGAAGGAAAUGGACCUUGAGGAAUACAAGAUCCGUGGGGCUGACGAGGAAUGGGACCAGGUGUUGAAGACAGCCGGGGGCACGGCUAUUGUCAGCAUCAAGAGUGACAAGAAGAGGAAGCUGGACGGAGGAAACUUCAAUCCCAGCAACGGGACUCCCCAACACGGGAAGCUCAAAAAGAAGGAAAUGCAGCAUGGGAAAUUCAAGAAGAACAAAGAUAAACACGGCAAAUUUGGAAAGAAGGUGUGACAGUAAGAGUGCUGUGUGGACAGGACAGUAUGUGUGUGUGUGGGGGGGGACAAAGCAGCAGCAACAGGAAAACUUUGGAUUUCUUUGAUGGACUUUGAGAUCCUGAAGAGCACCCAACAGACUGUAUUUCUCACAGGAUGUUUUUUUUUUUUUAGAUUGUUCCCUAAACCACUCAUGUUUUUUGUGAGUUUCACGCUUUGAUUUGUGUUCGUGUGCAGUGUUCCAGACAUUGUAUGUCAGCAGAAAACACACACACACUCAUUGUAGUAAAAAGGUAUUUUUUACUUGAGUGUUACACACAUUUUAAGACCUCACAUUUAAGUCGAUACAGUGUCCACACAGAUGUGUAAAAAUACAAUGAAAAGGUUUUUGUUAACUAUAGUUUGAGGUAUAUGAUUGGCUUAAAUCCCUGCAGGGCGCUCACUGGAACACCUGAGGUUUCAUAUCAAUCCAUUUCUGUUUGAGCUGCUGUUUCACGUUGUCUGGGGCGAAUAUACAGUCGAUCGCCUGCUGGGAGAGCUUCCAAAUCUCCUCAUGACUCAGACCAAAAGUGGAAGCUGCCAGCUGAUAUUCCUGAGACAAGUCUGUGCAGAAGACUCCUUUAUCGUCCGUCUGUAAUGUGUCAAUAAAAUAAAGUCAUUAAUGGGGAACUGGA